CAAUCACAAAGCAACUGCUGAAAUUUUUGCGCAUAUUAUAUUACCGGAGCAGCACCGUGCUCUGUGCUGUCAUUAAGAUAUUUCCGGGGAACAAUAUUUCGCGUCCAGUCUUCAGCGAUCGUAAACAAAACUUAAAAUUUAUGAAAUAAUUCGGUUGCCAUCAACAAGCGAGGCUUUCGAAAGUGUUUUCUUCUACGAGGUACGCGUUUUUUCGAAAUGUGAAGAACGUGAUUGAGCAACUAGGAUACGUGACGAUUAACUAAACGGAAAACGACGACUGACGAUGAAGUCGAAAGGCAGUUUUUGUGUUCUUCUCAUCUUCUUCAUGAGCUUCGAUUACAUUCUUGGGAGUGCAACUUACAAGUCCUUAAUUUGGGAUCCUGAAAAUCUACUGUUUAAAAAUGAUUGCCCCUCAGGGAAGCCCAAGGUUGUCAAUGUGGAAGCUCAAUCAAAAAUCAAUUUUGUGUGUCCAAAUGUAGCCACUCUCAUGGAUUCAACUUUGGGGGAAGUUACAAAAACAAACAAGUAUGAGAAUCUUUGGCUGGUACACAACAGUGCUGCCUUCAACAGUUGUGAUGUUACCCAGGAUCCAAGGCAUUCCCUCCUCAUGCGCUGCCAAGACCCCACAUCACUUCAGUUCCGCACUGUCAUAUUCCAACGGCAUUCAGCUGAAAAUUCUCUUACUUUUCAGAAAGGGAAAUCCUAUUUCUUCAUCUCAACAUGCAAUGGAAAGUUUUCCUCGGUGAACAGCACAAAAGGAGGACACUGUAAUGGAACAGAAAGUGGUGGCUUCUUGAAAAUUGAAAUGCAUGUUUGUCAGGAUGGAGAUACUGCUUGCCUUGAGAAUGUUGGCAAGCCACAUUGCCGGAAAGAGCCUUCACCUUCUUAUUCAACAAUUCUAACACCUUCAGCAACUCUAAAACCCUCUUCAACUGUUGGAAAGGAGAUAGUGUCCACUUCAAGUGUUGUGCACACUGAGACAAGUAUUCUGCCCACCACUGUUUCUUGCAACACACAGGGAGAAUGUACUGCAACAGAAACAAAAACUGUUGCAGUUUCAUCACCCACUCAGUCUCCCACUGAAGGGGGCAGUGCAGGGCCGUUGUUAGAACAGAAAGGGGCUCGAGAUUCUGAAAGUGAAGAUGAUGAGAGCAAAAAAUGGAAGAUUAGCACAAUGGUUUUAGUUGCUGUAGUUAUCAUUGCUGUGAUUUGCUUUAUUGGUUACCAUUUUUUUUGGAAAAAGAAAAUGAAGUGCCCGUAUCAGUAUGACGUGAAAGUGGAACCGUCCAAUGGCUAUGGUAUGAAAAAUGAUGGUUUUAAAAGUGAGACUGAUGAUAACUCGCUUAAAAGAGGUGUCUCACCACCGGACUUCAAUGAAAAGGGUAGCCUCGAGAUAAGAAAUGGUGGCCAGGACGUGCACUAUCACAAUGGAAAUGCAGAUAUCAAGAAAGGUCUCCCCGUGUAGGCAAUCGGAGUUACAUGAGUAUCGAGAGUCGUUGAUUUUUAGUGUUAAUUUAAAGUCCUCAAGCUGUUAAUUCUUUCAAUUCUCCUAAUCCCUGGUUGGUAUGUGUUUGGAAAUUUUGAAUUGAAAUAACAUAUCAACUCUGGGAGUUGAAAGAUCGUUGAUUCUUUUAUUCAGAUAUUUUUAUUUUCUCGAUUUUUUUUACUGUAAUCGUUCACAAGAUCUCCAAUUACGUAUGUUACUUUUUUCAGAUCCAAAGUUUAAAGAAUGAUACAACUUGAUUACGUUUUUUUCUUUUAAGACUGUGGAUCGUAAUGACUAAGAUUAUAUACCCUGUGGAUCGUGAUAAGUACAUCAUUACUUUUCCUACUAGAGGCAUUGCUAUGGUAUUCAUAGCCUGAACACGUUUGGUGAUGAUGGGAAUUUUAAAAAUUCAGUUUUUACUACCUGAUUUUACAUUUUCUAAAACUGCAAAUAGAUGAAGUUGUGAUGUUCAUGUGAUAAAGUUUUAUUAGUCUGAUAGGCUUCUAAAGCCAUUGUAGAGUGAGCAAAUAUCAUCUACAGGUAUGUCGCAAUGAAAAAAAAAUUGCAAAUUAUGUAAGGGGAUUUACAUAGAUACCAAAAAUAGAAUUUCAAAGAACUUUUUUGACUCCUAGAACCGUAUCUGAUAUAAGAAAAGAGAGCAGAUAUAUUUUGAAAUAAAUGAAAUGGCAAAGAGAUAUGAAAUACCAGAACACUUUGUACCUGUAUGUGAAGGAAGAAUUGUUGAAGACGAGAAGAUUGAUGCGGAUAUGUAAUUUAUAGAUAGCGGAGUGUUCUGUAGGCAGGGUUGAAUCGUUCAUCAAACAUAGAAGUUUUCCGCCAUACAUUCCCAAUCGUAUGUAACGUUGUCCUCUGUAGAUUAGUAAAUGGGCUGGCGUUAAAUUACUUUUGUAGAGAUGCCAUGGAGAACUUUGUACAUAAUAAAGCAUAUGCAUUUUAUUGCUGAAGUUA